AUCUCUAAGCUGAAUUGUGGCCUCUGUGCUGCCUGAAGAGCGUUGGACCACAGAAAUCUCACUGCUUUUCGCCGCAGCGUUUACGGCUAGUCUCGGCAAAACGCACAAACGUGCCUCCUGGCACUUAAGGUCCUGGGCAACUGCCCAUUCCGCGCCCAAAUGCCCACCCUGUUUGAGCAAGUACAGGACAUAAGAAUCGCCUUUGCAGAUCUUUUGAACAGUCUCAGCGGUGUAUCUUACGUGUCCGGCGUCCUUAGUAGUCAUGGAGAUGUUCUCUACACAGCGCCUGCAGAGUGAUCCUGGUCUCAGUGUGCUGGAGCGAGGACGAGCUGUGAUCGCAGUGAGCACGACACGACACGGUGUUGGGCCAUCGGUGGAGCCUGAGGUAACCGGCUAAUUUCUGUGCGGUGUACAGUAUUAUGACCUGGUUUGUACUUUCGGAUAUGACACCAAAAUUAAAGACAAAGUUACAAAAGAAAAAGAAAGUGAAGAAGUCAAAAGAUGAAACAGGUUUAGUGGAAGAAAAGUUUCGUAAAGCAACUCAUAACGUAGAUGUCUUACAAGACCACCUUGCACUACAGAGGCAAGUGACACGAGAGGCACAACAGCACAAGUAUGAACUGCAUGGGAAAUUACAAGAGUUGCAAGAAGAUAUACAAGAUGAAAGAGAUGAAAAGCAGGCAAUAUAUAAUGAAAUGACAAGACAGCAUUGUGAGUUGAAGCAGCAGAGCUCAGUGUGUAUCCAGAAUUUGGAGGAAGAGGUUGCAGAAUUAAAGCUGCAGUUGAACAAUUCCCAGCAUGCAUUUCUGUUGCUUAGUGAGGAAUCACACCAAAUUACAAAGGAGAAAAACGAAGAAAUUAAAGGCUUAAAAAAACAAAUAGAAAGCAUGGAGACAGAAUAUGAGCAUAUACUUCAUUCUUCUCUGGAUCAGAUACUGUCUAAACUCACUUUGGCUGGACAACAGUGGAAAAAAGAAUCUUCAAUCAUUCAUCAGCAAUACAAACAUAUGCUUCAAGAUUGCGGACUAAACCCUCUAGACAUCUAAACCAAAAGGGUUCUUGAAAGUCAGUGGUCAGUGUAUAAAAGAUAAGAAUGGUUUUCCCAAAAUAGUUGUUAAAUUAGAAAUAAUUUUAAAUAAUGUUAAAUUAGAAAUAAAGGAUAUUAGCAUUUUUAAAAGGAUUUUUGUAAGACUGCUUAGUAAAGUCUCCAUAAGGUAACAUAUUGAUCUUUAUGAUAUAAAACUCCCCUUAGUCAAGAUGUACUUUGCUACUAGAGGACUAAUAAAUAAAGUAUUGAUAAAAACUUGUCACAAUGGUGGAUCAUACAACUUAUGCUAUCAUAUUUGUGUAUGUCUGGCCUGGAUGAACACAAUAGAUACAGUUAGAAGGAAUUAGCACUUGUGUUUAAACUGGUGGUGCUCGUGGAGAGGUAAACGUUUAAUAGUAGGUAAAAGAAUCCCGGCACUGACGGUACUGCUUAAAUCACCUCCUGGUGUUUAUUCACAUCAAAACAUGGAUGGAACAAAGUAGCGACACACAGGAUGUGUUUCGGCCAGCUGGUGGCCUUCACCAAUUGAUACCUUAGUAGAGUUACGUGCACUUCAUAUACAGGAAGCCAUCCACACCUGUGCAAGACCAGAAGGCAUCUUCACAAAAAGAAAGUAGAAAAAGAAAGAAGUUUCUUAAUGGACCCCCCCCCCCCCCCCCAUUUGGUGGUUUCUGCACAUGAUCAAAAAAUUUUAAUAGUUGGGAAAUAUUGUGACACAUCCUAUCAAAAUGGUAAGGGAUAUGGAAUAGUAAAUUCUUGCAGAGAUUUGUGGACUUAUGUGGAAUAAUGUGGUCUCCUAUACACUGGGUGGUCUCCCCAACGUAUAGGAGACUGCAUGGGCAUUUGAUAGAAUAAACAAAAUUCCGCUGAGGGGGUGUUUGAGAUUGUCUUCCUUGAUUAUGUGGCUGCAUUGUGCGCAGUGCAGACAGUGGUAGGUACCAUUUUUUCUGCUUUGCAAAAAGGUCUUAUGGGGGAUUGUAUGCAUAGAGCCCCUAUCAGCCCUGACUAGCUUAUCCCUUGAAUUGGGAACUUUUUGUUACAAAUGAGAGGGGGAUUUUGAAAUGUAUUUAUUUUGAUGUAAGAUUUGUUAAGAAGAUACCAGUAUUUUUUUUUUUUUUUUUAUCACGUUAUCAACCUUGUGAGACAAGGGUUGAAAGUUUCUAACAAAUGGGAUCCAUAGUGUAUUAAAAGGAGUCCAAGUAGAGGGACUUCACGCUUUCUCUAGCAUUGCCUCUGGAUACCCCCGUUCCACAAAUUUGUCCUCAAGUUUAUUUAAUCUUACCUCCCUCUUCGUCGGGUCACUGCCUCUCUUAACCCUCUGUCGUUGUGCUCUGGGUAAUGACCUCUUAACAGCCCAUGGAUGUGAGCUGGUAAAAUGUAGGAUGCUAUUACAAUCUAUAGAUUUCCUAUAGAGAUCUGUCUCCAAUCCCCCAUUCCCGUUUUUUAAAACCAAAGUAUUAAGGAAACUGAUAUUAAUCUAAUUGCAUGUCAUCGUAAAUUGUAGUUCACUUCUUACACUAUUCAUGAAUUCAAGAAAUUCCUGCAAAGUCAAAUGUAGCCCCUCUCAUAUGCAAAAAAUAUUGUCUAUGUAACUUUUAACAUUUAACAUGUUUGCAAAACAAAUCAUUAAGGUAAAUAAACCAUUUCUCAAAAUGUGCCAUAUAACCGUUUGCGUAUGGGGGCCACAUUCACCCACAUCGCCGAGCCCUGUUGCUACAAGAAGAAGUCGGCAGCAUACAUGAAGUAGUUCUCAAAAAGGACCAGUCUCAAGAGCCCCAUUAACCCCUUAAGGACCUAGGGCGUAUGGAUACGCCCUGGCUUUCUGGUACUUAAGGACCCAGGACGUAUCCAUAUGCCCGUGGGAAUUUCGGUCCCUUCCGCGCACCGGGCGGGGACCGGACCGGGAUGCCUGCUGAUAUCGUUCAGCAGGCAUCCCGUGCAAAUGCUGAGGGGGGUCAUUAGACCCCCCCGUGUCGGCGAUCGUGGCAGAUCAUUAGUGAAUUCACACUAACGAUCUGCCGGGAUUCGGGUCAUAAGGGUCACGUGGGACCCGAUGACCCAGAGAUACAAGGUGUACAAUACACCCCCUAUCACCCACUGUAUCUAUGGGGAGCUCUGCCCGUUAACUGAGCCCCCCGUUAACUGAGCCCCCUCAGGGAAGAAGAUCUGCAGGGACAGAGCAGGGAAAGAAUGCACUCAAGGGCAAGGUAGGAGUGAGUGUAAAAAAGUAAAAAAAAAAAAAAUAAAUCCCCCCGACCCCCUAAUAGGUCCUCCAAGGGUCCACCACAAAUGUUUCAGUGUGACCCGGGCCCUAUUAGGGUUUCAGGGCGCUGCAUUUGCCCCCCCAUUUUUUUUUGUCUGCAUUUUUUUUUCCUCCCUUAUAUAACGGUGUGUGAUUUCUAAUCACACACCGUUAUAUCUAAUAGUUACACCAAGCACUCACUACAUACUGUUAGGAUUCGGCAGGCUGGAGGUGGAUCCUCUCUGUCAGAGAGGGAUUGGCGUGGACCGUACCGGUGGACCGGUUCUAAGUUGCUACUGGUAUUCCCCCUCUUUUUGGAACCCGAAAAUUUGUGAAUGAGGUCCUUGUCGAGAAUGUUAUCCUCGGGUUCCCACGACCUCUCCUCAGGGCCGCAAUUCUCCCAAUCUCCGAGAAUUUUUUUUUUUACCUCUGAUCCUUUAGACGCAAGAAUUUCUUUAACCGAGAAGACAUCUGAGGACCCGGAGACAGGAGUAGGAGCGACAACCUUGGGAGAGAAGCGGUUAAGGAUAAGCGGUUUAAGGAGAGAAACAUGAAAAGCGUUAGGAAUACGGAGAGAAGGGGGAAGAAGGAGUUUGUAGGAGACAGGAUUGAUUUGGCACUUGAUUUUAAAGGGUCCAAGAUAACGUGGUCCCAGUUUAUAACUGGGGACACCGAAGCGGAUAUACUUGGCGGAGAGCCACACUUUGUCUCCAGGAGCAAAGACAGGAGGAGUUCUUCUCUUUUUGUCGGCAUGCUUCUUCAUCCGGGAUGAGGCCUGUAGGAGGGAUUUUUGAGUCUCUUUCCAGAUGGUAGAGAAGUCCCGGGUAACUUCGUCAACAGCGGGCAAACCAGAAGGCGUGGGAGUGGGGAGGCGGGGAAGAGGGUGACGGCCGUACACCACAAAGAACGUGGAUUUAGCGGAGGAUUCAGAGUCUUUGAAAUUGUACGAGAAUUCAGCCCAGGGUAGAAGAUCGGCCCAAUCAUCCUGGCGGGAGGAAACAAAAUGUCGCAAAUAGUCACCAAGAACCUGGUUAACUCUCUCUACUUGCCCAUUGGAUUUGGGAUGAUAGGAAGACGAGAAAUUUAAUUAGAUUUUUAGUUGAUUACAGAGAGCUCUCCAGAAUUUCGACACAAAUUGAACGCCUCUUACCGAGACGAUAUGCGUGGGAAGCCCGUGAAGGCGAACAAUGUGCACAAAAAAUUGUUUCGCCAACUGUGGCGCAGAAGGAAGGCCUGGAAGUGGAAUAAAAUGUGCCAUCUUGGAGAUACGAUCAACGACCACCCAAAUGGUUGUGUUGCCAUGGGAUAAAGGCAGGUCCGUUAUAAAGUCCAUGGCAAUCUGAGACCAUGGUAGCUCAGGGACAGGCAGAGGAUGAAGGAGGCCGGCAGGCUUCUGGCGAGGAGUCUUGUCCCGGGCACAGACUGUACAAGCCCGAACAAAAUCAGCAACAUCUGCUUCCAGGGUAGGCCACCAAUAAAAUCGAGAGAUGAGUUGGAUGGACUUCUUGACGCCAGCAUGGCCGGCGAGGUGCGAGGAGUGUCCCUACCUGAGGAUCUUGAGGUGCUGGCGUGGAGGGACGAAAGUCUUUCCAGGAGGUGUUUGUCUGAUGGAAGCUGGGGAAGAGGAGAUCAGACACUCAGGAGGAACAAUGUGUUGCAGGGGGGUUUCCGUUUCGGAGGCAUCAGAGGAACGAGAGAGGGCGUCAGCCCUGAUGUUUUUGUCAGCAGGGCGAAAAUGAAUCUCAAAGUUAAAACGGGCAAAAAACAACGACCACCUAGCCUGGCGUGGGUUCAGCCAUUGGGCAAACUGAAGAUAAGAGAGAUUCUUGUGAUCUGUGUAGAUGAUAAUUGGGUAUUUGGAACCCUCCAGCAGGUGCCUCCAUUCCUCGAGGGCUAGUUUUAUGGCCAGCAGUUCUCGAUCACCAAUGGAGUAAUUUUUCUCCGCCGGAGAGAAGGUCUUAGAAAAGAAACCACAAGUAAUGUUAUGUCCAGAAGAGUUUUUUUGUAGGAGUACAGCUCCGGCUCCCACCGAGGAGGCGUCUACCUCCAGUAAGAAGGGUUUAUAUGGAUCAGGUCUGGAGAGUACAAGAGCAGAAGAAAAGGCAGUUUUGAGACGGUUGAAUGCCUCGUCCGCUUGGGGAGGCCAGGACUUAGGGUUGGCGUUUUUCUUGGUUAGGGCCACAAUUGGAGCCACAAUGGUGGAAAAAUGUGGAAUAAAUUGUCGGUAGUAAUUGGCAAACCCCAAGAAGCGUUGGAUAGCUCGGAGUCCGGAGGGGCGUGGCCAAUCUAACACGGUUGACAGUUUGUCUGGGUCCAUUUGAAGUCCCUGGCCAGAGACUAAAUAUCCUAGGAAGGGAAGAGAUUGGCAUUCAAAGAGACAUUUCUCCAUCUUGGCAUAUAAUUGAUUGUCACGGAGUCUCUGGAGCACAAGACGAACAUAACGGCGGUGUUCUUCGAGGUUAGAAGAGAAAAUCAAAAUGUCGUCCAAGUAAACCACAACACAGGUAUAUAACAGAUCACGAAAAAUUUCAUUCACAAAGUCCUGGAAGACAGCAGGGGCGUUGCAGAGCCCAAAGGGCAUAACCAGAUAUUCAAAGUGUCCGUCUCUGGUAUUAAAUGCGGUCUUUCACUCAUCCCCUUCCCUGAUGCGGAUGAGAUUAUAUGCACUUCUUAAAUCCAAUUUGGUGAAGAUGUUAGCGCCACGUAGGCGGUCAAAGAGUUCCGAGAUAAGAGGCAGAGGAUAGCGGUUUUUUAUAGUGAUCUUAUUAAGGCCGCGGUAAUCGAUGCAUGGCCGUAAGGAACCGUCUUUUUUGGAGACAAAGAAGAACCCCGCUCCAGCAGGGGAGGAAGACUUGCGGAUGAAUCCCCUUUUUAAAUUUUCUUGGAUGUAAUCCGACAUGGCUUGUGUCUCAGGAGCUGAUAGAGGAUAGAUCCUGCCCCGGGGUGGAGUAGUACCAGGUAGGAGAUCAAUAGGGCAGUCAUAAGGCCUGUGAGGAGGCAAAUUCUCUGCUUGUUUUUUGCAAAAAACAUCGGCAUAGUCCAAAUAGGCCUUGGGGAGACCUGGUAUAGGAGGAGCCACAGGGGUUUGACUGGCGGGACUGGGAGCAGACGUGAGGCAUUUUUUGUGGCAAGAAGCACCCCAGUUCUUGAUUUCCCCGGUGGUCCAGUCAAGGGUAGGGGAAUGGCGUUGGAGCCAAGGCAGUCUGAAAAGAAUUUCAGAAGUGCAGUUAGAGAGGACCAAAAAUUAAAUUUUUUCGUGAUGAGGUCCAAUGCACAUCAACAGGGGUUCUCUAACGCACAGUACAGUCCAAUCUUUCUCCAUUAACUGAAGCGAUGUAGAGAGGUCUGGCGAGACUGGUCACUGGGAUGUUGAACCUGUUAACGAAAGAGGCCAAAUUAAAAUUUCCUGCAGAUCCAGAAUCCAAGAAGGCCACAGCUGAGAAGGAGGAGUUAGAAGAAGAAAUCCGCACAGGCACAGUAAGACGUGGAGAAGCAGAGUUCACACCUAGAGCUGUCUCACCUUUGUGCGGAAUCGGAGUGCAUCUUUCCUGACGUGGAGGACGGAUAGGACAAUCCUUCAGGAAGUGUUCGGUACUGGCACAGUACAGGCAUAGGUUCUCAUUGCGGCGGCGUGUCCUCUCUUGUGGUGUCAGGCGAGACCGGUCUACUUGCAUAGCCUCCACAGCAGAAGGCACGGGAACAGAUUGCAGCGGACCAGAGAAGAGAGGAGCCGGGGAGAGAAACCACCUAGUGCGAACAAAGUCCAUAUCCUGACGGAGCUCCUGGCGUCUUUCAGAAAAGCGCAUGUCAAUGCGGGUGGCCAAAUGAAUAAGUUCAUGCAGGUUGGCAGGGAUUUCUCGUGCGGCCAGCACAUCUUUGAUGUUACUGGAUAGGCCUUUUUUGAAGGUCGCGCAGAGGGCCUCGUUAUUCCAAGAUAAUUCAGAGGCGAGGGUACGAAAUUGGAUGGCGUACUCGCCUACAGAAGAAUUACCCUGGACCAGGUUCAGCAAAGCAGUCUCGGCAGAAGAAGCUCGGGCUGGUUCCUCGAAGACACUACGAACCUCAGUGAAGAAGUACUGUACAGUGGCAGUGACAGGAUCAUUGCGGUCCCAGAGCGGUGUGGCCCAUGACAGGGCCUUCCCAGACAGGAGACUAACCACGAAAGCCACCUUUGACCGUUCAGUUGGAAAUUGGUCCGACAUCAUCUCCAAAUGCAGGAAACAUUGCGAGAGAAAACUACGGCAAAGUUUAGAGUCCCCAUCGAAUUUGUCCGGCAAAGUUAUGCAGAGGCUGGAAGCGGCCACUAGCUGCGGAGGAGGUGCAGGAGCUGGCGGAGGAGAUGGUUGCUGUAGCUGUGGUAGAAGCUGUUGUAGCAUAACAGUCAGUUGAGACAGCUGAUGGCCUUGUUGCGCUAUCUGUUGCGACUGCUGGGCGACCACCGUGGUAAGGUCAGCGACAACUGGCAGCGGGACCUCAGCAGGAUCCAUGGCCGGAUCUACUGUCAGGAUUCGGCAGGCUGGAGGUGGAUCCUCUGUGUCAGAGAGGGAUUGGCGUGGACCGUACCGGUGGACCGGUUCUAAGUUGCUACUGGUAUUCACCAGAGCUCGCCGCAAAGCAGGAUGGUCUUGCAGUGGCGGUAGCAACCAGGUCGUAUCCACCGGUAACGGCUCAACCUCUCUGACUGCUGAGAUAGGCGCGGUACAAGGGAUUAGGCAAGAGCAAGGUCGGACGUAGCAGAAGGUCAGGGCAGGCAGCAAGGAUCGUAGUUAGGGGCAACGGCAAAAGGUCUGGAACACUGGCUUGGGACAUACAAGGAACGCUUUCACUGGCACAAUGGCAGCAAGAUCCGGCAAGGAAGGGAAGGAGAAGUGAGGUUAUAUAGGGAAGUGCACAGGUGAAUACACUAAUUAGAACCAGACGCCAAUCAGCGGUGCACUGGCCCUUAAAAUCGCAGAGAGCCGGCGCGCGCGCGCCCUAGGGAGCGGGGCCGCGAGUGCCGGGACAGUAUAGACGGGGAACGAGUCUGGUAAGCGGGCUGGGAUGCGAACCGCGAGUGAGCGCGUCCCGCAUCACGGAUCGCAUCCCGGCUAGGGACAUUAUCGCAGCGCUUCCGGUCAGCGGGUCCGACCGGGGCGCUGCGAACAGGAAAACGCUGGGAGCGCUCUGGGGAGGAGCGGGGACCCGGAGCCCUCGGCGUAACACAUACAUCCCCACUCCCCCCCCCCCCCCCCCCCCCCGCAGAAAAAGGCGAUGGCUCGCCAGGCAUUUUCGGCAGUGGAGGCAUACGCUUUUCUUGCCUCUGACUCCGUAUCUGUCAGUGAGGACGAUGAAGAUCCAACAUUCCUGUGUUCUUCAUCGUCCUCCUCAUCAUCUAGUACUGAUGAUGAGCCCCCUGCACAGCGGCAGAGACGCCGCCAGGUGAGGCCACGCACCCCCCAUGAAAGUGGCCGGCACUAGUACGAGCGACAAUGCCGCUCGUACUAGGAGUCCGACCCCCCCAGGCGAUUUUACCGGAGCCCCCUUCCGGUGAACCUGUCUGGAGACCCCCAGAGGGUUAUCAGCCACGGGUUCCGGAGUUUGUUGGCGACUCCGGAAUCUGGAUUGACACGACUGGGUUCACUGAAUUUGACUUUUUCAGUUAUUUUUUCAGUGACAGCCUGGUCAAUCUAAUUGUGGAGCAGACGACUCUGUACGCCAGGCAGUUCAUCGCCCACCACCCUAAUUCUUUUUUGGCCAGGUCCAAUGAAUGGUACGCCGUCAGUGCAGCCGAAAUGAGGACAUUUUGGGGCCUCGUGCUGCACAUGGGCCUGGUCAAAAAGCCAAGUGUCAGGCAGUACUGGAGCGGGGACAUCCUAUACCACACCCCACUGUACAGUAUGGCCAUGGCACGCAAGCGGUCGAGGCCAUUCGGAAAUGCCUUCAUUAUGCAGAUAAUGAGGCAUGUCCACCCCAAGGCUAUCCCGCCUAUGACCGGCUUUACAAAGUGAGGCCGGUCAUCGAUCACUUUGGGGCCAAAUUUUUGGAGGCCUACGUACCGCUCAGGGACCUCUCUGUAGAGGAGUCUCUCAUCAGUUUUAAGGGGAGACUCAUAUUCCGCCAGUAUAUUCCCUCGAAAUGGGCGCGGUAUGGCGUGAAGCUUUAUAAACUUUGUGAGAGUACCUCCGGGUACACUUACAAGUUUAGGGUGUAUCAGGGACGAGAUUCCUGUAUUGAACCCCCAGAUUGUUUCCCCACUGUGGGUGUUAGCGGGAAAAUCGUUUGGGACCUUAUGUACCCAUUGCUGGAUAAGGGUUUCCACGUGUACGUGGUCAACUUUUAUACCAGCAUCCCUCUCUUCACAUCCCUUGCCGCCAGAUCAACAUCCGCUUGUGGGACCGUGCGGAAGAAUCAGAGAGGCCUCCCUCUAAAUUUUCUUCAGACACCUAUGCCCAAGGGUGAGUCCCGUGCCCUUGCCCAUGCUGACCACUAUUCAUGGCAACGGCAGCUCACCUGUCCCUGUGCGAGGUACCACAACAAUGGUCCUCAAGCCCGAUAGUAUUCUGGACUACAAUCGGUAUAUGGGGGGGGGGGGGGGGGGAGUUGAUCUUUCUGAUCAAAUCCUGAAGCCAUAUAACGCCAUGCGGAAAACACGUGUAUGGUACAAGAAAGUUGCGGUCUACUUGGUACAGGUUGCCAUGUACAACUCUUUUGUACUGUACCAGAACGCUGGCAGCACAGGGACAUUCCUCCAGUUCCAAGAAGAAGUCCUAAAGGCCCUGAUCUUUGCUGACCGGGAAAGAGCAGGCCAGAGUUCAGAAGGAACUGAAGUAAUAGGUGCCAGGAUCGUCCCAGGCCAACACUUUCCAGGUGAGAUCCCCCACACUGGAGAGAAGGGACGAACCCAGAAAAAAAGCAGAGUGUGUCACAGGAGGGGGAUACGGAAGGAUACCACCUAUCAAUGUGACACUUGCCCCAAUCAUCCGGGCCUCUGCAUUAAAAACUGCUUCAGGGAGUAUCACACUUACAUGCGGUACUAAAUUUUCCCUUUUCAUUUAAAUUUUCAAUAAUUUGACCCCAAUGUACCAAGUCCAGAGUACAUUCCAAAUUUUAACCCCAUAAAACCACUAAAUUGCCCUAAAAAAAUUUCAGCAAAAAAUAAACUGAUAAGACCUCUGCGGGUAUUUUAAACAAAAAACUGGUCAUGGGUCACUGAGUCACUAUCAUCGGGGACUUUUUAUGUUUCCUCAAAUACGCAGCGCUCUCUCUCCACCUGAGCGGGGUGCGCAUUUGAGGCAACAGGUUAGGGACGGCCACACACAUCACAUUCCCAGAAUGAUGAUUCAGAGCAUAGGGUUUGGGGUGGGCAUAUUCUUUAGUUUUGGCUAUGCUCUGGGUCAUCAUUCUGGGAGCAUAACCUGUUUUAUAAUUUUAUUUCCCACUGUACCCCAUUUUAGUAACUUACCCCAUGUAAUGUUUAUAAUUACCCCAUGUAAUGCCCCUUGAGGGGGGGGUCCCACUGCUCUGGCUCCACAGGAGGCGAUUUUGAAGCUCAAGGCCCCUGACUGUACUCCUGUUCUUCUGUGACCGGUCCAGAUAUGAGGUAUGUCCUUAUUCCAAAGAAAUGUAUUUGCAAAUUUAAAAUGUUUUUGCUGUUCUGGCACUAAAUGCGACAUGUCCCCCCCAUUUCAGCAAAAUUUGCAAAUGGGACUCCUUCUCUUCUGAGCAUUGUAGUGCGCCUGCAGUGCACUUGAUGUUCACACAUGAGAUGAGGUUACACAUUUUGAGGGGCAUUUUCUCCUAUUACCCCUUCUAAAAAUCUAAAAUUUGGGGGGGAAAAAGCAUUUUAGUAAAAAAUUAAAUAAAAUUGACACAUCCAAAGUAGUCAAACACCUGUGGGGUGCUAAGGCUCACUGGACCCCUUGUUACGUUCCUUGAGGGGUAGGGGUGUAGUUUCCAAAAUAGUAUGCCAUGUGUUUUUUUUUGCUGUUCUGGCACCAUAGGGGCUCCCUAAAUGCGACAUGCCCCCCAAAAACCAUUUCUGCAAAAAGUGCUUUGCAAAAGCCAAAUGUGACUCCUUCUCUUCUGAGCAUUGUAGUGCGCCCGCAGUGCACUUGACGUCCACACAUGGGGUAUUACUAUACUCAGAAGAGAUGGGGUUACAAAUUUUGGGGAGCAUUUCUUUUUUUCAUUUACACAUUCAACUUUAACGAAAAGUCAUCAAACACCUGUGGGGUGUUAAGGCUCACUGUAUCCCUUGUUACGUUCCUUGAGGGGUGUAGUUUCCGAAAUAGUAUGCCAUGUGUUUUUUUUUUUUUUUUUUUACUGUUCUGGCACCAUAGGGGCUUCCUAAAUGGGACAUGCCCCCCAAAACCAUUUCAGCAAAAUGUGAAUUUUCUCCUAUUACCCCUUCUAAAAAUCUAAAAUUUGGGGAAAAAACUGCAUUUUAGUAAAAAAAAACAAAAAAAUAUAUUUACAUAUCCAAAGUAGUCAAACACCUGUGGGGUGGUAAGGCUCACUGGACCCCUUGUUACGUUCCUUGAGGGGUGUAGUUUCCAAAAUAGUAUGCCAUGUGUUUUUUUUUUUUACUGUUCUGGCACCAUAGGGGCUUCCUAAAUGCGACAUGCCCCCCAAAAACCAUUUCUGCACAAUGUGCUUUCUAAAAGCCAAAUGUGACUCCUUCUCUUCUGAGUAUUGUAGUGCGCCCACAGUGCACUUGACAUACACACAUGGGGUAUCACCAUACUCAGAAGAGAUGGGGUUACAAAUUUUGGGGGGCAUUUUCUCCUAUUACCCCUUGUAAAAAUGUAAAAUUUGGGGGAAAACCAGCAUUUUAGUGAUUACACAUCCAACUUUAACGAAAAGUUGUCAAACACCUGUGGGGUGUUAAGGCUCACUGUACCCCUUGUUACGUUCCUUGAGGGGUGUAGUUGAGUUUUUUUUUUAACUGUUCUGGCACCAUAGGGGCUUCCUAAAUGCGACAUGCCCUAGAAAAAUGUGACUCCUAAAUGUGCUUUCCAAAAGCCAUAUGUGACUCCUUCUCUUCUGAGCAUUGUAGUGCGCCCGCAGUGCACUUGACGUCCACAUAUGGGGUAUUACCAUACUCAGAAGAGAUCGGGUUACAAAUUUUGGGGGGCAUUUUCUCCUAUUACUCCUUGUAAAAAUUUUAAAUUUGGGGGAAAACUAGCAUUUUAGUGAAAAAAAAAUGUAUUAACACAUCCAACUUUGACAUAAAGUCGUGAAACACCUGUGGGGCUCACUGUACCCCUUGUUAUGUUCCUUGAGGGGUGUAGUUUCCAAAAUAGUAUGACAUGUGUUUUUUUUUGUUUUUUUUUUUGCUGUUCUGGCACCAUAGGGGCUUCUUAAAUGUGACAUGCCCCCCAAAAACCAUUUCAGAAAAACUCACUCUUCAAAAUCCCAUUGUCGCUCCUUCCCUUCUGAGCCCUCUACUGCGCCCGCCGAACACUUGACAUACCCAUAUGAGGUAUUUCCUUACUCGAGAGAAAUUGGGUUACACAUUUUAGGAAGAUUUCUCUCCUUUUACCCCUUGUAAAAAUUCAAAAACUGGGUUUCCAAGAACAUGCGAAUGUAAAAAAUUAAGAUUUUGAAUUUUCUCCUUCACUUUGCUGCUAUUCCUGUGAAACACCUAAAGGGUUAAAACACUUACUGAAUGUCAUUUUGGAUGCUUUGAGGGGUGCAGUUUUUAUAAUUGGGUCAUUUGUGGGGUAUUUCUAAUAUGAAGGCCCUUUAAAUCCACUUCAAAACUGAACUGGUCCCUGAAAAAUUCCGAUUUUGAAAAUUUUGUGAAAAAUUGGAAAAUUGCUGCUGAACUUUGAAGCCCUCUGAUGUCUUCCAAAAGUAAAAACUUGUCAACUUUAUGAUGCAAACAUAAAGUAGACAUAUUGUGUAUGUGGAUCAAUGUAUUAUUUAUUUGGGAUGUCUAUUUUCCUUAUACGCAGAGAGCUUCAAAGUAAAAAAAAAUGCAAAAUUUUCAAUUUUUUCAUCAAAUUUUGGAAUUUUUCACCAAGAAAUGAAACAAGUAUCGACAAAAUUUUACCACUAACAUAAAGUAGAAUAUGUCACGAAAAAACAAUCUCUGAAUCAGAAUGAAAGGUAAAAGCAUCCCAGAGCUAUUAAUGCUUGAAGUGACAGUGGUCAGAUGUUCAAAAAAUGGCCAGGUCCUUAAGGUAUAUUUGGGCUGGGUCCUUAAGGGGUUAAGAAAUCUUUUUUAUUUUAUUUUUUAUUUAUUUAUUUUGUUAUUGUAUGUGCUUUUACUUAAAAGCCACUCUGUGGAUUCCAUACCUCUAUUGUGCUUGAUAGAUGUGUAGAGGCUUACUACAUCUAUAGAUACCAAUCAAGUAUCAUCAAAUACAUCAUGUAUUUCAUUCAGGACAUUGAGAAAAUCACAGGUAUCUAGAAAAAAUACAUCUGUGUUUUUAACUAGUGGACUUAUGGAAUCCACGAAGACCACAAUUGGUCUACCCGGGGGGUUCACCGGGUCUUUGUUAUCCUUUGGCAAUAUGUAGAAAACCGGUGUUAUGGGGAAUUCAUUACCAAGAAAAGUAUGCAUUUUAUUAUCAAUUACCCCCUGUUCUAUUAACCUGUUAAGAAAAAUAAUCUCUCAGAUAAGGGAUCCCUUGUCAAUUUUGCUAUAGGUUACAGUCUCAGACAAUUGUCUCUCAAUUUCCUGUCUGUACAUAGAAGUUUCCAUCACCAGCAGUGAGCCCCCCUUAUCGGCGGGUUUGAUAGUAAUAUCCUUAUCUUUCGAAAUUUUACUUAAUGCCGAGGCUUCACUGGUGGUGAGAUUAUAAAGUACAUUAACCCCUUAAAGACGCCUGACGUAAAUGUACGUCCUGGUGAGCUGGUACUUAACGCACCAGGACGUACAUUUACGUCCUAUGAAUAACCGCGAGCAUCGGAGCAAUGCUCGGUCAUGCAUGGCAGGUCCCGGCUGCUGAUAGCGAUCGCGUGGAUGUCCGCCAUUAACCCCUCAGAUGCUGUGAUCAAUACAGAUCACGGCAUCUGCAGCAUCGCGGCAUCUGCAUGCCGCGGCGAUCCGAUCAUCCAGAACGGCAGACGGAGGUCCCCUCACCUGCCUCCGCUCACUUCCACGGGUCUUCUGCUCUGGUCUGCAGUCGAGCAGACCAGAGCAGAUGAUGACCGAUAAUACUGAUCAGUGCUAUGUCCUAUGCAUAGCACUGAACAGUAUUAGCAAUCAAAUGAUUGCUAUAAAUAGACUAUUAAAGAGUAAAAAUAAAAGUUUAAAAAAAAGGUAAAAAAAUUUGAAACUUACUUUUAAGUCUCAGGCCCACAGAAUCCAGGGUGAUUGUGUCUGAAAUGUUUUGAUCAUUGCAAUCAUUACUGUCAGACCCAGAGACAUAAGGGGGGAUGUCUUUUUCAGCAAAGAUAAUGUUUAAUCUUAUAGCAGGGGAAAAAAAUUUGUAAGCCCAUAUCUAUGGCAAAUGAGUCAAAUUCAUUCACCGGGCUAAAGGAUAAACCUGUCUGUAGUAUGCUUAAUUCAGCUGAAGAAAGACAUUUGGAAGAUAUGUUAACUACAAUAGAAUGUCCCGUACCUGUGACCGGGUGUUCACCGUUCUGUCCAGAUCUCCUAUAAUAGCUGCCCUCUCUCCUCCUUGGUCUCGGCAUCUGCGCCUCUGUCUCGGAAAAGAGGGACAGCCAUGAUGUUGUGACGUAGAUUGUUUGCUGCCGGAGCUUGACAGAGAGUAGGGCCUUACGGCAUUUCGCCCAUAGCCACGGUGCUGUUGUGAUGAUGUAUCUCUCCAUGGGUACACCCGAUUGUUAAGGUAUCCCUUAGGAAUUUCUUUCUUUUCUUUGUCUCAAUCUCCUCCCGAUAUGUCUUGAUUUGGUUAUCUAGGGUUGACUUCAGAGUUGUGAAAUCCUCAGACUUCAAUGAGUCACGUAACUGUGUUUCAAUACUUUCCUGUAUAUAAAGUGCAUUUAACUCUGUUAAGGUAGAUCAGUUUAUUAAAGGCCACGAGCUGGCCGAAACGUGUCCUGUGUGCCGUAACUUUGUUCCAUCCAUGUUUUUAUGUGAAUAAACACCAGAGGUGAUUUAAGCAAUAUUGCGGAUGAACACAAUGUCCUUUGGACUGUUAAAGACUAUGUGUAAUAAUUGAGCAUAUGAAAUGUAGCAAAACCUUUCAAUAAACCUUUCAAUGAUUGACAACUCUUA